AACACACCGUAACGGUAGCCAGAGCGCACUGCUGAUGGGGUUCUGCGUGCUCCGGGGCCGAGGGAGCCAGUACAGAUUCAUGGACAAACAACACGUGACCAGUCCAGCCCCUACACUUUCCCCAGCCUAAUUGAUACAGAAGACGGUUCCCCAAAACACACCCAUGUAUUACAGCUAAUUUCACAUUCUGAACUCUUUUCCCUGUUUUCACUCAAGGGGGCCGUCGAAGAAACCCACGGAGUGGACAUUCCGCCCCCUGUGAGGUAGCUUUGAAGAGAGAUCUGAGAUUGCUAAGCAAGGGGGAAAAACGGAAACGUUAAUUCAAAACAACUGCCCAAAGCCGAGCAGGAGCGCCUCCCGCUCCCCGGCCUCGCGAGUCGGAGGGAAGGGAGGGGGUCGAGUGCAAGCGAGUGAACGAUUGCACAGUCUAAAGUCAACACGGCCGUGCUUCUCCCUUUCAAAGGGCGGCCACAACGGGGACUCCGCGAUCCCAACACCUCGCUCGGUAGCUUCAGAUGGACUUGAGGGACAAACACGGAUUUCAGCCAGCGCGGAGUGACAGUUCUUUCCAAAGCACACGGCGUUGGGAUCUCAGUGAGUUCGAUUUUCAAAGUGGACCACGAAGAGCUUUCUGGCAGCGAAGCCACACCCAUGUCUACCUUUCUGAAUCCAGUCAACAAGCCAUUCAGCCUUGCUGGGGCAGGAAGAAGCAGAGAGGAUGCUGAUGUGGUGGAGCCAUGUGAUAAGAAGCUGUUUGAAGAUGAGUUGGCCAGUGUGGAGGCUGAGCGUGAUGAAGAGGAGGCCAGUGUGCCGGGGAGGCCAAGUGUACAGGAGGAGUCACAAGUGGAAAGCAAUGGAUCUGAGGGUGGAGGGUUGAACAUGGAGGAGGCUGAUGCACAGGCAGAGGCAUCUGCGGAAGGAGAACCUUGUGAAGAAGGGCAGUGGGAGCUGUCUGAGGAUCUGGAGGAGGGGUUCGAAGAAGAGGAGGCCGAGAAUUUAGACUCUGAGUUUCAGGAAGUGAGCUGGCCCAAGUGGCAAAGGAGCUAUAGGGUGGCAGAAACUUAUGGCAAGUAUUUUCCUUAUCUCCUCCGGGAGGCAAUUGGCAGAGUCAAAGUUCACAGAGAACUGCAGUGUGAGUUGGAAAAGGAAUACAUCUGCACAUGUCCUGAAAUUGAGGUCCCGGAGAAGAGGCAGAAGGUGCGCGAUAUGGAUAGUUCUUCUUCUUCUUCUUCUUCUUCUGAGGAGGAGGAAGAGGAAGAGAAGGAACAGAAAGAGGAGGAGAAAGAAGAGGAGGAGGAGAAAGAGGAGGAGGAGGAGGAGGAAGAGCAGGAGGAGGAGGAGAAAGAGGAGGAGGAGGAGUUGGAGAAGGUGAUAGAGAAGGAGGGUCGCUGCUCUGUAGUAAAGGAUGUAUAUGAACAGGACUUUUAUGAAAGAAGAGCCAUUUUUUAUACAAACAGAGUGUGUCCCCCACUUGAGUUAAUAGUUCGGAUGGGGUGGCAUAGAGCCAAGGUGGACCAGGCGACUCAGUGUGAAAGCAGCUGGGAGGAUGAGGAAGUUGAGUCCAGGGCCAUCUCGGGACCGGAAGGGGCAGUGCAGGAUCCGCAGGAGCUGAGGCAGGAGGGAGCUGGGGUGCCCAGGGACAGGGGGUUCUUUUACCCACGUCCCAUACCAGAAGACGCCUAUUCAGAUAUCUUCGAGUGGGCCUUUAGGGAAGUCAAAGAGGAUGUGGGAAUCCAAUGCGAUAUGAGCGUGGUGGAGCCUCAUCCGGUCACCUGUAAAGUGUGCGGAGGUCGGCAGGACUGGAGGUGGGAGGAGGAAGACUCGGAAUCAGAAAUAGACCCGUGGGAGCGGAGGCAGUUGGAAGCUUUGAUGAGGGAACUGACCCGGGUGGAGGUUAGUGAUGGCUAUGAUGAUCUAUACUAUUAGCUGGGAUGAGGGAGGCAGCUAGAUGAGGGUCCCAAGCUGGACACCACAGACCCAAGCCAUGCUAUCACGUUAUUUGAUCCGCCCACUUGUCAAUCAAACCGCCCACUUCACAGUAUGGAUUUUCCAUCACCUGGUAUCUGGGAGUGGAGGUGCCAUAUAGCCAGAGCUCUUCCAACCUCCUGAAACAGAGGUCCCCUUCUCUGGCAGGCCAGAACGAGGUGCUGAAGGUGCCCUCUCUUCAUUUCCUCUCUCCCACUCCGUUUCUGACCUACGCCCAUGUGUUUGUACCUUCACUGUUUUAAGAAACUUGACCACGUUCCGCACCAUGUAUGUACUGGCUCUUAAACUGCUUCUCUUUGACACUUUCCUCACUUCAGUAGGUUUAGGAUUAACUGUGGGAUCGGGAGAAUGAGCCUUUAGAGCCAGAAGCCAAAGCUGAGGUUCCCUGGGCCAACCCCGGGACCCCAUAGCUGACGCCGUGGCACCUGUGGUCAAUGCAGGUGAAAUACUCAAUAGUGAUUUAAUCUGCACCCCAGCCUCCCAAUAAUUCAGUUCCUCCCUGGCUGGCCCAGUCAAGUCUGCUGGGGCAAGGAAUCAGUGGAGACAGUGACGGGUCACGAGGACGCCACUGAAAAGGUACCCAAGAGGAAGAAGUGGGUGCAUGAAGAGCCCGACCAAGAGAGAAUGACCUUGGGUGUCUGAGGUCCAUAACUGGAAGUCCAGGCCCACAUCCUGUCUACAGAAGGUCAUGGGUGUGGAUUCCGAGGCAACAAUCUGAAUUGGAGGAUGACCCCUAGGAAUGUCCAGCUGACCCCUGGGGGCCAGGAAUAAACGCUGAAGAUGAGGACUGUCGUGAUCAGCCACUCCCUCUCCUGAGGGUCGCAUCUCUGGACAGUGCUGAGAAUUCCCAGCCCUGAUGCCAAAGACGCUCCUCUCGCGGGUAUUUGUCCUGUUACUCUCAGAUGUCAACUCCCUCUGUCCUUUGGCCACAGUGUUUGUUGUUGAAGAGACUGAACAAGUCAAGGUCUUUUCACCCAGACUCUUAACUCAUUUGAUUUGGAAAACUCAUGCUUCCCAUUUGUUAUUUUCCUUUUGUCAUUUUUCUUUUUCUUGUGUUUGACAUUUUGAGGAACCGGGGCUGCUCUCCUGUUUAACUGCCUUAGUUGCCAUAUCCCAAACAUGACAAUAAAAAUGUAUGGUAUGAAAAAAGCAUGCAUGGAUUUCAAAAUUUUUGUAUGCAAACAUACUAAUACUGUGGUAUAAUAUGUGAACAUGAUCUAGUUUAAUAUACUACAGAGGGUAAGACACCAAUAUGAAUACUGUUAAGUGAAACAUGAACAAGUACCAGUUUUCUGGCAAAGAUGAGGUAGAUUAGGGACACUACUGAUGAAUUACAAGAGAUUUAUAAGACAAUGGUAAGUGGUUGAAAUGUGUUUAUCCCAU